GGUGGGGAGCGGGUGUGCGGGAGAGAAGAGAAUAUUCCCAGCAUGGAGUUGGGAAGCUGGGAAUACACUCAGGGAAACCUGUCUUUAGCAGCCAGGGGGCUGGACGCAUUGUCCAACAACAUCUCAUCGCAGUAAGGGAUCGAAUUGAUCCAGUCCUACAAGCCCCUGAUCAUCCCCUGCUACGGGCUGGUGGUGUUCAUCGGAAUCUUCGGCAACUACCUGCUCAUCUACGUCAUCUGCAAGACCAAGAGGAUGCACAACGUCACCAAUUUCCUCCUGGGUAACCUGGCCUUCUCGGACAUGCUGAUGUGUGCCACGUGCGUGCCCUUCACCUUGGCGUACGUCUUCGAGCCCCGGGGUUGGGUGUACGGACGCUUCAUGUGCUACUUUGUCUUCCUCAUGCAGCCGCUCAGCGUCUUCGUGUCGGUCUUCACCCUGACCGUCAUCGCCGUGGACCGUUACCGGGCCAUGGUCCACCCGCUCCGCCGCAGGCUGACCGUGUCUGCCUGCGCCUACAUCCUGUCCGCCAUCUGGUUCCUGGCCGGCCUGCUCGCCGCUCCCGCCCUGGCACACACUUACUACGUGGAUUUCUACCGCCGGGACCUGACCAUCUGUGAAGAGUUCUGGAUGGGGAUGGAGAGGCCUCGGCUGGCGUACGCCUACAGCACCCUGAUCGCCACCUACGUCCUGCCCCUCUCCGUCAUCUCCAUGUCCUACCUACGCAUCUCGGUCAAGCUCAGGAACCGGGUGGUGCCGGGAAACAUCACCCAGACGCAAGCCGAGUGGGACCGGGCCAGACGCAAGAAGACCUUUCGUCUCUUGGUGCUGGUGGUGGUCGUGUUCGGCCUCUGCUGGCUCCCGCUUCACCUCUUCAACGUGAUCAAGGACAUCGACAUUGGGCUGAUAGACAAGAGGUAUUUCAACCUCAUCCAGCUGUUCUGCCACUGGCUGGCCAUGAGCUCCGCCUGUUAUAAUGCCUUCAUCUACGCCUGGCUCCACGACAGCUUCCGAGGGGCUCUGAGGAACAUGUUCAUCUGGAGAAGGAGCAAGAGAGUGGCUCCCGCUGUGGCCGGUGUGAUGGUCAGUGUGGUGCUUUAA